ACACACGCACAGAUGAGAGGCAAGAGUCCCCCGCUCUGCACGGCGCGGGGAAUGAAUGCUGAUACUUGUGUUUCUUAUUGUGAUCCGGCUGCCAUGGAUUCCUACUACAACGCAGCCUCCCAGGACACAGAAGGCUCCUCGCCUUUUAGGGCAUUUCAAGCAAGUGACAAGUUCAGCCCUACUUUCCUGGCCAGCAAAGGACAAGGCUUUGGUGACAGCGGCACUAAGUGCCGGAGCCGCUACAGCCAGCAGGAAUGUCAGUCCCUGGAUGGCAGCGUGCAGGCUCCCGGCUCCGCCGGCUCUCCGGCCUCCUUUAACAAAUACCCUCCGCAGCAGCAGCAGCAGCAACCGCACCUCUAUAUGCAGCGAGGCCCCUGCAAAACCCCCCCGGACAGCAACAUCAAGCUGCAGGAGAGCAGCGGCCACAACGGAGCCCUGCAGGUCCCCUGUUACGGUAAGGAAAGCGCUUUGGGAGAGCCUGACUUGCAGCCGAGCUCCGACCCUUCAGCAAUGGACAGCAGCUACCUCAGCGUGAAGGAGGCCGGGGUGAAAGUGCCCCAGGACAGGGCCAGCACAGACCUCCCCAGCCCCAUGGACAAGGCUGACUCGGAGAGCAACAAGGGCAAGAAGCGAAGGAACCGCACCACCUUCACCAGCUACCAGCUGGAGGAGCUGGAGAAGGUCUUCCAGAAGACCCACUAUCCCGAUGUCUAUGCCAGGGAGCAGCUAGCCAUGAGGACAGACCUCACCGAGGCUCGUGUACAGGUGUGGUUUCAGAACCGGCGAGCCAAAUGGCGCAAGCGGGAGCGGUUCGGUCAGAUGCAGCAGGUCCGGACCCACUUCUCCACUGCCUACGAGCUGCCUCUGCUCACCCGUGCUGAGAACUACGCCCAGAUCCAGAACCCCUCUUGGAUCGGCAACAAUGGAGCAGCGUCCCCUGUGCCUGCCUGCGUGGUCCCCUGCGAGACAGUGCCCUCGUGCAUGUCCCCCCAUGCUCACCCCCACGCGGCCGGCGGCGUCUCCGAGUUCCUUGGGGUCUCCGGGCCCGGCAGCCACGUGGGACAGACUCACAUGGGCGGCCUCUUCGGCACAGCCGGGAUGAGCCCCAGCCUCAAUGGCUACGAGCUGAACAGCGAGCCGGACCGCAAGACCUCCAGCAUCGCUGCCCUGAGGAUGAAAGCAAAGGAGCACAGCGCCGCGAUCUCCUGGGCGACAUGACAGGGCUGCGGCCCAUGCGCGCCAGACACGGAGAGAGCACGUGGGGACAGCCCAGUCAAUCCAUCCGCUUGAACUCCAGACAGCAGUUGCCUCCUCGGGGAUCUGAAUGCAGCACUUUUAGCUACCCUAGGCAUAUAAAGGACAUAUGUUAAUGUAAGUGGAGUGUUUCCAGCAUGAACGUGGCAGCUCCCGGCUUCCUGGGAUCAGGCAGGGAGAGGGAGGCUGUGGAGCAGCACCUCUUCCAUCAAGAUCUGGGAUAGGAUGCAUCCCUUCUCGCUGCCACCUCCCCAACAACCUGGGCAUUUUUUCUUCCCGCUGUUUUUUUCUGACACCAGACAUGCCUUUCCAAAGAGCAAGAGCCCACUGGCCUUUCAGCAGCUUCUCCCAUCCCACCACUCACCAACACACACUCACACACACACACUCACGUAUUCUGCCCUGGGCAAGGGACUGCAUGGGGACUCUGGCACCAGCAAAGAGACUCUCUCACAUUGCCAACAUCAUUUUAGUGGGAGCUGCAACUUCCCACAGCCGAGUGGGGAACAGGGCUGGGAAGAUAACCAAAGCCAGGAGAAGCCAUCUCCUUCUUCCCCGCUCCCACUCCAUCUUGUACUCUGAGAUGAAGCAGAAUUGUAGAGGCCUGUGAAGGGGAUGCCCCUCUACCCACCAUAGCAUGGUGUUAUCACGCUGAGAGUCUUUGCCAGCCCUCUGGUGACCCAGAUGGAGAUACACCCCAGCAAACAAAAGCUUUCCAGCAUGGCUCAAUGCCCCUGGGCUUUGCUUUUCCUGGUUGAGCUCUCUGUUGAGCCUCACAAGUAUGGUGGUACAGGAAAAGAUUCCCUCUGUCUUUCACUGGGUUGGGAAUUAUUAACUUCAGUUUAGAGACAUCAGCUCUGGCAGGGAAGCACAACUGCUAUGUAAAUCUGCAAGUCCCCAGAAAGACUGCUCUAAGAAAGAGCUCAAGCACUAGCACACCACCACAGUGGCACAAGGCCACCAAAUUCCUCAUACACCUCAUGCUGGGGUCAGACAUGUGCAAUGACAGGCCCUCCCUCAGCCUUCCACCCCAGUGCCCUGGGGCACACAAUGGCUGUGGGCAUCUCUGCACCAGGGACAGCAAAGGAACAGGCUGGGAAGGGGCUCAAGGGAGAACAAGGUGAUACUGCCCCAUCUCCAGCCACCUCAGAUCCUCUUCAUUUGCAGAGGAAGUAGAAGAGACCAGAGCUUCUCUGGUUUGUGUGAACCAGCAUGCCUCUCUGCUUUUCCGUCCCAGUGCUCUUACCUGCACAGAGCUGUUCAGUAAGAUCUCCUUUGCAAGGCUUAAUGUUUUACAAGUUUUUCAGUGAUCAUAGUGCAUGGAAUAAUUUUGGAAUCCUUUUGCGGCACUGAAAUACUGCCAAGGAGAAGCUGAAAGUCAGCUGAGCACUACCAGCCAUACAGUGUGGCUUUGCAAGCUGGGCUUGAGCUGGGGUAGCCAUCUCCAAGAUUUACAAGGGAAUUAUAGGAUACUACUCCCAGAAAAACUGGUGUGUCACCCUUCCCUCUUUCCUCUGCUCAG